AGCUGUCAGCCAGCUGCAAAGUCCCGCCCCAGACGCUCCAGCCACGCCCUACAGCCAGGCACGUGAGACGCCAAGAUGGCGGCGUCCGAGCCUCAAGCUUGCCCUGAAUUGAAGGAUGGUGGUGUGGUGCGGAUGGAAGCUAGAGAAGCACCCCAGGACAUCAAGAUGGCAAUUCAUAUAUAUGGUCGGCUGAUUCCUUCUCUAGGGGAUACAAAAUUCAGACCAAUAAUCACCGAAAUUAUUGAAAAACAACUUGAAUACUAUCAAAAAAAGACUGUAAAUAUAUAUGGAACUUUACUCUUUGGAACUUCUAGUGCUAUGUCUGGACUACUGGCAAACAUCGUUUUCAGAAACAGUUUCAAGGUUCAACAUGAAGCUUUGAAGACCUGUGUAUCCUUGACUAUCCUUCCAUUUUUGUCUACUGUCAUUACUUACAAGCUCUUUGUAACUGAUGCUUUGCAUUCAGGUAACUUAAGCGAGGAAAACUGUAUUGUGAGAAGUAUGCUGAUUGGUGUAACAUGUGGUGUUUUAUAUCCCUGUUCUCUGGCUUUUCGUAAAAAUGGACGUUUAGCAGUUAAGUAUCAUUCUGUUCCACUGCCACCAAAAGGAAGAGUUAUACUCUAUUGGGUAACCCUUUGUCAAACUGGGAUGAAAGCAAUGGCUGUUCCUCUAGUAUUUCAGGUACUCUUUGGAUUUAUUCAUGGCUCUUAUCACUAUGCUUUAUGUGAAAAACUACUUGCAAAACCUGUGCCUGAAGAGUAACCAAGCAAUCAGUGGAGGCCAACUCGGCAGAAUGGACUUUUUUGUAAGGACGAGGGCACUGGUCAAAGAGUGAGAAGUAACUCUGCUCCUUUUGCCUAGUAUGUAUCAGAUACUCAGUAAAUAUAAAUGUAAAACAAA